UUCAGAUAAAGCAAAGAGGGUGGUAAAGGAGGAAGAUAAAGUAGCAGCGGUAGUGGUGGAGAUGAUGGGAUGGGAAUAAAGAAAAAUGAUGAUGUCUGUUGCUGUGUGGGUGUUACGUAGCUGUCGAAACCACCAAAAAAAUAAUACAACUUCACAUUGCUUUGUCAAAAGUUUCCACUCUCCAUUCCCCUGCCUUCCCUUCCUCAACACCUAGUUUCAUCCUCCAAAGAGAAAAAAAAAGAAACAACAGAAGCAAACCCAGAAACCAGAGAGAGGCGAUCCACCCUUCCAUCCAUCCAUGGCGGCCAACAAGUUCGCAACAAUGCUGCACAGAAACACACCCAGAAUCACAGUGGUACUAGUCUACGCCUUCCUCGAAUGGAUCCUCAUCAUUCUCCUCCUCCUAAACUCCUGCUUCUCCUUUCUCAUCUCCAAAUUCGCCUCCUACUUCGGCCUCCCCCCGCCUUGCCUCUGGUGCUCCCCUGCCAUCUCCUCUGCUUCCUCCCCCAUUUCUCACACAGACCUCAUCUGCGAAUCACACGCCAAAGAGAUUUCCACCCUCACCUUCUGCAACUCCCACCACCGCCUUGCAGACUCCCAGUCCAUGUGCCACCACUGCCUCGCUUCCGCUCCUCCUCGCUCCGCCUCCCCUGCAGCACCCACCAUUGCUGCAGCUUUCAGUUUCAUCUCCUGGGUUGCUGCCAAUGGCGAUCACGACGAGACCAAGAAGAAGGCUGAUAAUUGCCACCACCAGUGUUCCUGCUGUGGUGAGAUCGUAGCACCCGAUCUUUACCCUCCCCCGCCUUACUUGCUGCUCAAUCCUUUGAAAUGUGGGAUUCAGGAUGCUGCUGACGAUAUGAAGGGGAUCCAUUUGAUGCUUAUGGGAAUGGAAGCCAAUGAUGACGACGAUGGCGAUCGUGGAGAUGGAGAGGCUGGUGCGAAUGCUGACUGUUUCAGCAGCCUUGAAGAUGGAACAGUUGAGGUUCUGAAAGAAACCAGGAAUGGGGAACAACAAGGAGAGGCAGAGAGGCAGAGGUCUUGCAUUGAGAUGGAGUUUGUAAAACAGAAUCAACCUUCUUCUGAUGAUCAUGACAGGUUCAUUGAGUACUGUUUUGGAGAAGAUGAUCCACUUGAAAUCAUGUCUCUUCAUCAUGUUCACCACGAUUCCGGUUCUGGGUUUGAUUCGUCCACUUCUUCUGCUUACCAAGUUGGAUCAUGCAAAUCUCCGGGCUUGAAGCAGGAAAUUCAGGGAGAUGAAGCUCUAGUGGAUGCAGAAGAGGAACACAAAGAGAAAAUACACGGUGAGGAAGAAGAAGAAGCUGCAAGAAGUAUCGAGAUCUAUGCUAGUACGGAAAACAAUGGCGAGAGAUCAUUAGCUGUGGAUCUUGCAGAACCCACAACAACUGGUUUAGAGGAAGAUGCAAAUACUCAAGGCUGGGAGAUUCACAACUCUGAAGCUGAACAAGGCAUCUUGCUGAAUUGCGGUGACCAGCAACACGAGGCAGAAAUUGAAGAUGUGGAACCAGUUGGAAAGCAAGAAGAAUACUCUAUAGCCCAGGAGGGAGUUGCAGAAGACACUGCAGUUAUACUCAAUGAUGAGUUCGAGGAACUUCACACCCCCUCUUCAAAUGAAGUUCAGGAAGAAUCAACUCCAUUGCCAAGCCAGAUAGAAGAAGAAGAAGAAUCUGAACCUGCAUCUGCUCCUGAACAAUCACAUGUAACUAGCAAUGGACUUGGCGAGCUGCUGCAUUUCAACACUUCAGUUGAGAAGAAUGAUGCUCCUCAACAAUCACAUGUAAAUAGCAAUGGACUUGGCGAGCUGCUGCAUUGCAACACUUCAAUUGAGAAGAAUGAUGCUCCUCAACAAUCACAUGUAACUAGCAAUGGACUUGGCGAGCUGCUGCAGUGCAACACUUCAAUUGAGAAGAAUGAUGCUCCUCAACAAUCACAAGUAAUCAGCAAUGGACUUGGCGAGCUGCUUCAUUGCAACACUUCAAUUGAGAAGAAUGAUGCUCCUCAACAAUCACAUGUAACUAGCAAUGGACUUGGCAAGCUUCUGCAGUGCAACACUUCAAUUGAGAAGAAUGAUGCUCCUCAACAACCACAAGUAAUCAGCAAUGGACUUGGCGAGUUGCUGCAUUUCAACACUUCAGUUGAGAAGAGUGGAGAAGGAAUUGGGAAUCCUGAUCCGGAAAAGCUUCCCGACACACCAAACUUCAUGGACAACAUUCAAAACAACUUGCACAAUAAGCUACUGAUGAUGUUCGAGAAAAGAGACUCGGGUGCGGAAGAGUCAUUUGACGACGGAAGCGUGGUGAGCGAGAUUGAGAAUGGCGACCCGGUUCUCACCAUAGAACGCCUGAGAACAGCUCUGAAGUCAGAGCAGAAUGCACUGAAUGCUUUAUAUACAGAGCUAGAGGAAGAGAGGAGUGCAUCUGCAAUCGCUGCAAACCAAACCAUGGCAAUGAUAAACCGGCUUCAAGAAGAAAAGGCAGCAAUGCAGAUGGAGGCACUACAGUAUCAGAGAAUGAUGGAGGAGCAGUCCGAGUACGAUCAGGAGGCUUUACAGCUUCUGAACGAUCUGAUGAUCAAGAGGGAAAAGGAGAAGCAGGAGCUCGAGAGAGAGUUGGAAGUUUACCGGAAAAGGGUUUUGGACUAUGAGGCCAGAGAGAAACUGAGAAUGGUGAGAAGAAGAAGUGAAGAUGGCAGUUUAAGAAGUGUCAAAUCUUCAUCUACUUGCAACAAUGGUGAGGAUAGUGAGGAGUUAUCAUCAAUUGAUUUGAAUCGUGAAGCAAGGGAUGAGAGUGGAAGUAUGAGUGAGAACCCAGAAAGCAGUAAUGAUCACAAUAGUUAUGGUGGUGGUGAAGAUGAGAACAUAAACUUGGAGGAAAUAGCAAUGGACUGCGUGCACCAUAUGACUGCACUUGAUGACUCAUUGGCAGAGUUUGAGGAUGAGAGGGUUUCAAUUCUAGAUCAGUUGAAGGUGUUGGAGGAGAAGCUGCUCAACCUGGGGGAUAGUAACGAGCUAAUGAAUGAUGUGAAUUCGGUGAGGCAGUCACUGAACUACAGCAGUGUCUCUCAACAUGGGUUUGAUGACAGCUAUGAUAACGAGUUGAGUACACCAGAAGAAGAGGAUGGAGCCAAGGAAACAAAGCAUUGCCCUGAGAGGAAAACGAUGGCUUCGAUGGCAAAGAGCCUCCUUCCUCUAUUGGAUGCUGCUGAGGAGGAGGAUGAUGAAGAAGAAGAAGAAGGGCUGAUGAAUGAGAAGAAGAACGUGGAAAUAUCUGGGAUGGAUGGUGAUUCUUCUUCAGUUGUUAGCAGAUUUGGAGGGGAGAGCAAGACGCUAGCAAUUGAGGAUGAGGUAGAUCAUGUGUAUGAGAGGCUACAAGCUCUUGAAGCAGACAGGGAGUUUCUUAAACACUGUAUGAGCUCAAUUCAAAAGGGGGACAAAGGGAUGGAUCUUCUUCAAGAGAUACUGCAGCAUCUGCGUGAUCUCAGAGCAGUGGAGUUUCGUGUCAGGAGCAUGAGUGAAAGUCCUCUGAGUUGA